UAGGAUAGGGGGUCGCCGUGGGGGGUUUUGUACAGCUGCUGGGUGGUUGACUGGUGAAGACGCUCUCCAGGAGCCAGCGAAAGAGCGGCUAAUGGGUCCUGCUGCAGCUUGAUCACGAACUUCGGCGCCACUCAAGUGUCGGGGACGGGCGUUUUGUCAAACGUUGGCAAUGGAUGAGAAGAGACUGCGGGCCAUGUUUAGAAGCAACUGUCCAGGAGACGGCUGCCGCCCCUCCCUCCCCGGGUUUUUGGGCACGCAAAGAAGACCAGGUUGGAACUUUCAGGGGAGAGACAGGGAAGAUAUAAAAAGAUCCUGAGGGGAUCUUUCCGCCAAUAGCGUUCCGGCAGCCACGUUUUUGUCGAGGGAAGGGCGGUUGGCUCAUGCAGUUCUGGGUGUGUUCGGGACAGGAUCCAGAAGCCAGGUCGUCGAAAGUGGACCCAAGCCUUAUGCAGGUACGACAUGCCGAUCCGGCUUGGGCGGCGAUGUACCGGUACUUCAGGGCCCUAUGUCGUGGUACAGCCUGUCUGGGCCGCAGAUCUAGAUCUGGGGAAACAGCCGGUGGGUGUGAUAGGGCUGUUUGGCGCAGGAGCCCAUCAUAGCCGCCGCGGCGGUACGGGCGUGCGUCAUGGAGGCGGCAGGUAUGUACCUGGGGUACCUCAACCUGCUCCGGUAUGCAGAGCGGCCCGCGCCUGCGGAAGGCGAGUAUACGGGCCCGGCGCUGGGCAGAGGACCUAUGGCAUGGCCUCUAAGCAGCAAAGCGUUGAGAGCCGCUGGCGCUCUUGGCUGCCGCAGCCGCCGACACCUGCAUACAUGACGUCGUUCUGGUCGUCUGGAUAACCUUAGAGCCGCAACCGCCCCCUGCAGCCUGUCAGAAUGUUCCUGCAUGGCGGCACGCCUGGGGAAAAAGGGGGGGAAG